UCCCCACGCGUGCCGUCCACAUGCAUGAGAAUCAGGAAAGCAUGGAUGUACUGAAUAUCAACGUCGGUAUCCUGGGUCACGUGGAUUCUGGCAAGACUUCGCUUGUCAAAGCCCUCAGCACCGUCUUGUCAACAGCAUCCCUGGACAAGAACCCACAGUCGCGAGAAAGGGGUAUUACGCUUGACCUUGGCUUUUCUGCCUUCACCGUGCCGUUACCGGAGCAUCUCCCGCAGGACCAGUACAGUCACCUACAGUUCACGCUGGUGGAUUGCCCAGGACACGCUUCUCUGAUCCGUACAAUCAUCGGUGGAGCCCAGAUAAUGGACAUGAUGUUGUUGGUGGUAGACGCGACGAAAGGAAUGCAAGCCCAAACCAUGGAGUGCGUGGUGAUUGGAGAGGCGGUAAUGUCAAGCGGUGCGGCUGUCAUCGUUGUCCUCAACAAGGUUGAUCUCAUCCCGGAACAAGAGCGCAAAGCAAGACUUCGUCAAGCUGAAAAGAAAAUCGCAGCGCAGCUCGCGGGGACCAAGUUAUCCAGUGCUUCCUUCGUUUCUUGCGCUGCUGCGGUGGGCGGCGAGAAGACCGCAGCCUCUACUCCGCUCGCCGGUUCCCGAAGCUCCAAGGGCAGGGCCAAGAAGGCGGGGGUCCUCUCUGGCAAUGUAGGAAGCGCUGAGGGUGCCACCAGACACCAAAAAGGUUCAAAGGACGUCAGGCCCGGCGGUGGUGAUGAUCCUGCCGAACCCCUGACCGGAAUAACGCCCCCCCGCCCUCCCUCGUCAUGCUCGGAGGAGACUCCGGCGAUGGGAAUCGAAGCAGUGGCCGGGGAGUUAACGCGGCGAGCAAGAGUGCCAAGUCGGAGAGCCUCUGCCCCUCUCUACUUUGCGUUCGACCAUUGCUUUUCUGUCCGUGGGCAAGGGACCAUUCUCACAGGCACUGUUCUUACCGGGGAGGUCAAGGUUAAUCAGCUGGUCGAGCUUCCAUCGCUUCGGUUGCAGAAGAAGGUCAAGUCGAUGCAGAUGUUUCGGAAGCCAGUAUUCAUCGCCAGGGCUGGUGAUCGCGUGGGGAUGUGCGUGGCAAGUCUGGACGCAAAGCUCAUGGAAAGAGGAGUUGUGACGACUCCGGGUUCUGUGAGACCGAUUUCGGCUGCAAUCGCUCUCGUCAGAAAGGUGCCUGCAUUUACCGGACAAUGUCUUAGUGGUGCCUAUUGCCACGUGUCCUUGGGACACAGUACGGCGAUGGCCACGGCCACGUUUUUCGGAGCCAGCGAGCUGAAAAACGGGCUGCUGAGACUGUUCGAACACAGCGCUGACGGUCUUCAGGCUUUGGAAGCGCUUGGUGACGCUGGUCAAGGGCAAGAAUUGUCGCUAAACGAGAUUGCCUCUCUGCCAUUCCCAUCGGAAGCGGCGUUCGUCCAGCAAACCCACCUCUGCGGCGUAGGCAGUGAAAACUCAACCGCUGGCGCUGACGACGAGGUAUGUGUUGAUGAACGCCCCGUACUUCAGUAUUGUCAUCUCACGUUUCACACGCCGGUCAUAACACCGCCAAGCAGCGUUGUACUGGGGAGCAGGCUAGACAGCAUGUCGAGCUCUCUCUACAAGACAGAAGCAGCUCACCCGACAGAGGAGACUAUUGAGGGCUUGGCGGCGGUCCAAGAGCAUUGCCGAAUCGCGUUCCACGGACGCUUGGUGUCGCUGUCAGCUGGUGUGGACGGGACGCGCAAGGGGUCAGGCGAUGCAAGAGCCGCGCUGGAGUUCGGGACACAAGCCGGGCAACUGAAGCUGUUCACGGAGAAGUGUAAAACCGGAGUUGUGUUCCGCGUGGCACCCAAUGAUCAGACAGGGGGAGGCGCUGUGGAGGUGUUUGGGAAGGACCUAUUCAAGAAGGAGACCAACAUGCCGCCGUUCGUGGGCAUGCUUUUGCUGACAGAGGGCGGCAGCGUCGGCCAUCUCGAGAGCACAUUCGGAAAGGCAGGGAGGUUUAAGGCCCGCUUUCCUGCGGGUACCUCGGUCAAGGUCGGGGACAAGCUCAUCCUGAAGUUCCGCAAGUAUUUCCGCGACCCUUCAAAGCGCAUGCAUCAAGGCUAUCUGCGAGAGGCUCUCGAACGACAUCCCCAUCAACCGACUGAAGGGGCGCGUACCGCAGAUAACCCGAUGAGUGAUGACAAGGACCACGACAACCAUGACGAAGGCGCACCAGGACCUGCCGCAGCAACGACCACCGGCGUGGAAGAGCCAGCGGCGCAAGAAACACGCCAAGAACCACCGCGUCCUCAUUUGCGCGAUGGAGUUGUUGACAGCGUUAAAGAAGGAGUCGCCGACGACGAGCCGGUGGUCAUCGCGUUCGUUUCCGGGCUCUUCUCACAAGAGGAGGACAUCCGGGAGAUGGCCAAGAGGGGGAUGUCCGUGCGCAUAGAGACGGGAGGCUUGGUGGGUCGCCUCAAAGGCCCCUUCGGGAAGCUGGGCAAGUGCAAGGUGGUGUUUGAAAGGGAAGAAGGUGGCUAUCUUCGACCCGGUGAGCGUGUCUUCGUCCCAGGAUGACGCCAUAUAUAUUUUUUCAUAAGGAGGAAACGGAAGAUGCUCGAUUAUGGUCCGGCUUGAUUCCCGGGACUUGCCGCGCGCGUCAAGAUUGAAGGCCCUGACAGCGCUUUCCGGUCGUUGCAAUUGCAUCCUUCGCACAUGGAGCGUCCAAUGAAUUCUUUCAUGUCAAGAGUGGUCAAAUCGCCUCCGCAAAAGGCCGCAAUUGCCACAGAAACACUCGGACCCGACAUGAGCCCAAGGAGCAAUACAAGCGGUGCACCUACGAAGAUCGGCCAGGCGUUCAUGCACUCAAGCUACAACCCCAACAUGCGAAAACAUCGACAGCGGGACCAAGACUGGUCCCCUUUCUCAUAUCCUAGAAUAGGACGCCCUUGGAUAGGAAGGACACCAUGAGAUCGACUUGCGAAAUAGAUCGCCGUCUCCUUCCUGAAGAGGACGUUAGAUCAGCCUUGCCAGGCUCCAAUGAUGGACUUCUCGCGUCCAAACCGGCCGCAGUAUACCUACGCCCGAUGCCCGCCCCUGGGUUCCACGGCGAUUGUUGCAGUUGAAGGGCUUCUCACUCCACCUGAUGUUCCAAACCCGACCGGUAGUCCUGGAGGCCAUCGCGCGACGGGUUUAGGCGGGUGACGUGUGGUCGUGGACAGUCGUGUUCCGUAUUCAGGCCAUUCGAUACGAUUGCAUACGAAUUUCUCAAUGCCAAUGGAGUAGGAGAUGAAACGUUGAAAUCGGAAAUGAAUUGAGUACCCAGGCGUGCAGAAGUCACGAUCGAUUCUUCGCGAAACAUGAAACUCUUUCACUUUUC